AGAAAUAACCGAGUGUAAAGGCGGUGUAUUCGGGGGGGAUCUCUGCUUUGUGCCUGCUGCACCAAGUGAUUUAUAAUUGGUCGGAGCAUCACCCUGAAACCCUUUCUGAGUUCGUUUAGAAAGUAGCGAAGGACAGGGGUUAUAGGAUUGGCGGUUGUGGCCGUGGAGAGAUUUUUAAGUUGUAAUUGAAUUAGAGGAGCGCAGGGAGGAGGGGCGCUGCUCGGAGCUGCUGACAGGUAGAUGAGCUGUGCGCUGUCCGCGGUGCUGAAACCUGCUCCGGCUGCCGCCACACCGGAGCUCCUCACCUCAGGUUAGACGGGAGCUCCACCGACCUCCACCGGCUCCAGAUUCUCACGUUGCCCACCUCGAUUUCUCCAAAGAAAAAAAGAAAAGCAGAGACCCUCCAACUUGUGCAUUUUCUGCCGUUUUCUAAUCGCUGGCUGGAUCUUAAGAUGGCACUGCACGGAUUAACAUUGCGCAAGGCAAAAGCGGACUUAUUUGACUGCUGUUUUGUGACUGUGAAAGCAGCCCUUUCAGACUGAACGUGUUUCAUCCUCUUUCUCCAUUUUUCUGGCUCACCUUUUUUUCUUUUCUGGACAUCGAGGCCGUUUUCUGCGUAAAAGGAAGAGGCGCGUUAUUUGGAAUAAUAUCUCAACAAUAUGCUCGUUAAUGCUGCACUUCCAUUUGUUAUAGUAUUAUAGAAAUUUUUUAAAAAGAUUAUUUGGAUAUGGAGCCAGGCAAGGAGAGAGCUUUCCCCACCACUAAAGAGGGGCUGAAACAGAUCGCAGGAAAGGCCCUCGGGAGUCUGUACAGGAGGCUCGAAAAGAAGCAGCAAACAGGUGAGGCCAUCGAGCUGACGGAGGAUGGGAGACCCAGGGCGGACGAGGAGCGGAAGGCGCCCCUGUGUGACUGCACAUGCUUCGGGCUGCCGCGCAGAUACAUCAUCGCGAUGCUGAGCGGGCUCGGCUUCUGCAUCUCCUUCGGUAUUCGGUGUAACUUGGGUGUGGCCAUCGUCAGCAUGGUCAAUAACCACACGAUCCAUCAAAACGGCAAGAUCAUCAUCAAAGAGAAAGCAAAAUUCAACUGGGAUCCAGAGACCGUGGGGAUGAUUCAUGGCUCCUUCUUCUGGGGCUACAUAGUUACACAGAUUCCAGGAGGGUAUAUCUCCUCAAGACUGGCUGCAAACAGAGUUUUUGGUGCUGCCAUCGUGCUGACAUCCACCCUGAACAUGUUCAUUCCCUCCGCCGCCCGGGUGCACUAUGGAUGUGUCAUCUUUGUGAGGAUAUUACAAGGGUUGGUGGAGGGAGUGACUUACCCAGCUUGCCAUGGGAUCUGGAGCAAAUGGGCUCCACCGCUGGAAAGAAGUCGUCUGGCAACCAUCUCCUUCUGUGGAUCCUAUGCUGGUGCGGUGAUAGCCAUGCCUCUGGCCGGGAUCCUGGUCCAGUACACUGGAUGGUCCUCUGUCUUCUAUGUGUAUGGAUCCUUUGGGAUAGUUUGGUACAUGUUCUGGAUUUUGGUGUCCUAUGAAAGCCCGGCAGAGCACCCGACCAUCACCGAUGAGGAGCGCCGUUACAUCGAGGAGAGCAUUGGUGAAAGCGCCCAGCUGAUGGGUGCAAUGGAAAAAUUCAAGACUCCCUGGAGGAAAUUCUUCUCCUCCAUGCCCGUCUAUGCAAUCAUCGUGGCCAACUUCUGCAGAAGCUGGACCUUUUAUCUGCUUCUCAUCAGCCAGCCUGCAUACUUUGAAGAGGUUUUUGGCUUUGAGAUCAGCAAGGUUGGAAUGCUGUCGGCUCUUCCUCACUUGGUUAUGACCAUCAUCGUGCCUUUAGGAGGCCAGUUAGCGGAUUACCUGCGGACCCACAACAUCAUGUCCACCACUACAGUCCGCAAAAUCAUGAACUGCGGAGGGUUCGGUAUGGAAGCUACUCUCUUAUUAGUGGUUGGCUACUCUCACAGUAAGGGGGUGGCCAUCUCUUUCCUAGUUUUGGCGGUGGGUUUUAGCGGUUUUGCAAUAUCAGGUUUCAAUGUGAACCAUCUAGACAUCGCUCCUCGCUAUGCCAGCAUCCUCAUGGGCAUAUCCAACGGUGUGGGCACCCUGUCAGGGAUGGUCUGCCCACUUAUUGUGGGAGCAAUGACAAAGAACAAGACCCGGGAAGAGUGGCAGUAUGUCUUCCUCAUUGCCUCUCUUGUGCAUUACGGAGGCGUGGUGUUUUAUGGGAUCUUUGCAUCCGGGGAGAAACAGCCAUGGGCCGACCCUGAGGAAACCAGCGAGGAGAAGUGCGGUUUUAUCGAUGAGGAUGAGCUGGCGGAGGAGACGGGCGACAUCACGCAGGGCUACGGCGCGAUGGGUGGUCCGGCUAAGAGCUACGGGGCCACGGCUCAGCUCAACGGAGGUUGGGUGCAGGACUGGGAUAAGACGGAGGAAUACGUACAGGAGCCAGCAGGAAAGAUGUACGCUGAGCGAGGCUAUUCUUAAACCAGACAGUCGUGGUGAGUCUGCCUACAAAAAACAGACUCUCCAUCAGAGAUUGCACAAAUAAGCAUUAUAUUACAUAUUUAAAUCCAUUCUGUGUGUUCACGUGAAACUAGUUUCAAAAGCCAAUUGUAAAGAAAUAGUUAAUUGCAAUGCAGAACAAUCCUCAUUAGAUUCUCACGUUUCUCAUCACAUCUACACACCGCAGGGCUUCACUAUACAGAUAGCGGUUGCAAAGAAAGCUGCAGAACUAUGUUGUACCACUUAGACACCCAAACCUCAUCAGUCUACUUGAACAACAUGAGCCAGAUGACACUGCAGUUGACCAUCAUAUAGGGUCUUUCUCUGAAAUACCACUCUGAUUGCACUGAAACUAAGUAUUCUAAAAACAAGAUUCUAUUCUGUUUCUCAAAUGUGUUUUAUGUACUGUAUAUACCUGUAUACUGUUUCUGUGAGACUAUUGUGGAUUUUGGGUCGUUGAUCUGUGUUAACAUUAAUAUAAAAGGCCAUAUUUUUCAUGGACAGUACCUCUUCAGGGAGACGUCUGCUUGCAAAAAAGGUCUUCUCGAGUGAGGCCUGUAAUACACGAUAAGACAAAAAAAGCGUGAGUGAAAUUGAACUGUAGAGUUUUAGUGUGUGUUUGUUGCAUGAAUUUGCUCAGAUCAAUGUUUCAGAUGCAGCCGCCUCACAGUCACUGGUAGUCCUCAUUCAGCCUACUGCUUUGUUCUUAGAUAAGUGUCUUCUGCCACUAUGAAUAAUAAAAAUGAACUUUCAUAAUAAUCAGGUCUGGUCGUGAUGUGAGACAAAUCAAAAAAGUUUCGAAGGCAACUGCUCAGAAGACAUUGUUUAUUGAUGUUUGGUGUGCACUGCAAUAAAUUCUGUGUACCAGCCGCCACCCAUCACAUUCUGUUUCGUAAUGUAACACUGGCUUGCUGUAUCUAACUGUAGUUGUUUUUGAGUCAUGUGAUGAUCAACAUUAAGGUGUAUGUUUUAACAAAUUACUAGUGUCUGGAGAAUCCAGCUUUAGUGCUCAUGAUGCAGGAGAUGUUGUUGCAUUUUGACAGCAGGGAAUGCAGUACUGUGUAUGAACAACCAAGUAUCGUGAUCUCUUGGUGUUCCUUGGUUGUUGUCACUGUCACCAGAAGUACUUUAUUGACACAUUGAUAUUGUCACAAUUGAGUGGACCUCAUGAAUUAAUAGAUGGCUCUUCCACCUGACUUUAUUUGCUGUUUAACACUUUCCUUCAUUUGCUGUAUGAAAUCUGCAAGGAUGUUUAAAAUAUAUGAAUAUUUAAGAAUGUUUAAGAUGACCAAAAGAUGCUAUUACGGCUUUGUGCCUGAAAUUUAUGUAAACAGAUAAAUGUGAUUUUAUGGCUUCUAAUAUUGUGUUUAAUGAAGAGGUAUGUUGAUGUCAAAAAAAGUGUUAUAAAAAUACUCAUAUCAUUUUAUAAAAAAAAAUACCAAAAAGUCA